AUGGGGAAGAUAACGAAGCAGAUGCAGCCUAAGCAUGCCGAGACUUUGUCUCCAUGGCUGAAGGACUUCGUCACGUCGGCAUGCUCGACACCCCUGCCCCUCCUCCCAGAACACUUAGCCAAGUUUCCGACGAGAUGGCCUUUCCCCAGAGGCGAUCUCUACCACUGGAUCCCACUUCUCAACCGCUUCGACAACAUCUUGGACUGCUUCUGCACCACCUACGGCCUCGACCAGGGCCCUCAAGGCCGCGACUUCGCUUGCGAGCUGCUUCUCAACACAGGUACCAAGACCGAAUCGUACGGCGACGAGACAUGGGAUACCGAGCGGCUCUCCAAGUUGGGAUACAACCAAGAUGGCGACAGACAACUCAUCGAGGCUGUCCUCAACUUCACCCGUGUGCUGCUUGAGCAUUGUGGCAACCGGAGCAUCUAUUCCAGCAGCAUGGUCCUGAAUAAGCUGCUCAAUACCACAGUCUUGUCCAUUCUGCUCGCCACCCUUCGCGUCAGCUCCGAGCUGGCUCAGCGGUACCAGGCUUCCGUCAAGCGCAUAGGAAAUGCUUCGCGCACCGUCAGUACUGCACUUCUGGGUAACCAUUACCAGAUCGAUCUGGAUCGUGUCCACACUCUUGCCCUCCCCUUCGCCAAGACUCCCAUCGUAAGCCUAUCGGAUCCCGUGGCUACUAGCACACCCACAUCGGCUUCCAAAGGCAAGGAAAAGGCCCAGGUUUCGAGCCAGAAGAACGCUGCUGUCAUGUUCGCCAACGACCUGGGCUCUGUUCUGACGACUGACAACGCACGUUGGCAUGGUUGGGGGGACAUCAAGGUCUCUUACACUGCACCUUCAACAACUCGCGAACAGCCUGUUCCUAUGCCUGCGGAUCGGGUUGCGUCUAGUGUCCCUACUACGCCUACUCCUCUGAGACGCAGCACGACGGCUGGAUCUCAACAUAACACGCCCAGAUCGGCCCGUCAGCCUGCCGCAGACGACACCUCGCCUUUGAGCGUUCGGAGCCCCGGCACAACCAACGAUCACGCCAGCUCAAGUCAAAGAAUCUUUGACCUUCCGCAGUCAGUCGUUGCCUCUACUUCUAUUUACGAUCUGCUUUCGAGAUGUCCGGCCGACAUGCCGGCUUCUGCCAAAUAUGAGGUCCUCAACCGGCUGAGAGUUGCCAAGGCUCUCUUGGGCAGCACCGAAUCAAGGCAGCAAGUCCUAGCCAUCAGAUUACUUGCGAUCAACAACCUCGCGUACAUCCAUCCAGAGACCACGUUCGUCGAGAAGGUACUGCGUCACGACAACGAUGAGACCAGACGUUACCAGCUUGCCUACCAGUUGGCGGAGCUCAUUCACCCGCCUGCUGAUGGCUCAAUCCAAGUACCCCUUUGGCUCCAGUCCAUCGUUCUGGCCUUGCUUGAGGCCAUCUCGAACUUUGCGGCCCGAUACCAGGAUGUCUUGUCAGCACUUAAUGCCAACGUCAACCACGGCAUUCUGCUCUAUGUUAUUCGCAAGGCAGUUGCUGGAAUGAAGACGGAUGAGCCCGAUCGCGGCAUUCAAACAACGGAAGUCGAUGAGUGGCGGACAAAGCUGUUCUCUCUGACGACUCACCUUGCCAUGUCUACUAGAAUUGGUGCUGAGAUGGUGACCGCAGGUCUCAUGGACAUUUUGGUGGAGAUCUUGAAGAUAAGAUCCGACGUUGCCCAGCGCAACCAGAUGAUGAUCCUUUCCUUCAUUGACAAUUUGAUCUGGUCCUACCAGAAUGCCUUCCAGAGCUUUUUCAACGGUUCCGGUCUUGAUGCCAUCUCUGACCUGCUGGUCACCACUGUCGUGGAGGCGAAGCAGUUGGUUGAGGCAGGCAAAGGAAACAAGCCUGAAAAUCAGAGCCAAAUCGUCGAUUAUGAAAUCCCCUACAACCAGCAGCAGACCCUGAAAUGGGUCCUCAAGUUCAUUCAUCACAUCAUGACCAACUCUUACAGCUAUGGCGGUAACACCGACAGACUCUUGCGCAACCUCGUGGACAAGUCGGAACUGCUCGGAAGCCUCCGAGACAUUAUGCAGAAUACCAAGCGCUUCGGUUCGGUCCUUUGGACUAGCACGGUAACCGUUCUCAGCGAUUUUAUUAACAAUGACCCCACGAGCUUUGCUGCUAUUUCCGAGUCUGGCAUGAUCGUGAGCUACCUCGAAGCAAUCACCAACCAGCCUGUCACAAACCAGCCAGCUGUGCAGCCCCCUCCAGAGUCCGAGGAGCAGGAAGCCGCAAGCCGUGGCGACAACGAGGACGGCAGCAGUCCCGAUUCCUCCGACGCUUCCGUCCAUGUUGAAUCUGAUGAUAAGAGACCUCACCCGCCUCCGCAGGACGAACUGGCCUCUUCACACGAUCGUCCUUUGGCCCGGGGUAUUCUGCCCACAUCCGACGCGAUCAACGUUGUUCCGCAGGUUCUUAACUCCAUCUGCCUUAACAAUGCCGGUCUCAAGAUGGUGGUGUCCUCGCGAGCUUUUGAGUCGUUCCUGGAAAUCUUUGAGAGUCCCACCCACGUCAACACAAUGGAGACCGACCCGCAUCUCGCCAGUAAUGUCGGUGCUAGCUUCGACGAGCUUGCAAGACAUCAUCCUCACCUGAGACGCCCGAUCUCGAAUGCGGUUAUUGAUAUGGUUGCCAGAGUCAGAUCCCUCGGCAUUUACAAGGCUCAGACUGCGAACUGGGGUGCCAAGCUCCUUUUGAACGAUGGAACGCAGAAGCCUGUUGCAGCGGACGAGAGCCUGAGGAGCCGUCUUGAUGCCUCUGGGUCAAAAGAAAAGGAGAAGGCCGCACAGACCGACUUGGACGUGGAAAUGUCGGAUGCGGCUGGGCCAUCAGAAAAGGCGGAGAAGCCCGCAGGCAAUGAAUCGUCUCCGUCUGCUACUGCCUACGACGACAUCACCCCCUACGUCUACGCUCUGUCCAGCUUCCUCUCGGCGUACUUCAAUAACAACACGCUCAAGACAUACUUCAUCAGCAAUGGUGGUAUUGAGCUGUUGCUGGACAUUGCGGAGCUUCCCAGUUUGCCGCAUGACUUUUGCGACUCCCAUGCUUCUAGAACAUUGCAUCUCGUCAUCUCACAGCUAGUUGAACACUCCCCGGUUCUUGGUCUGCCGUCCCUUCUUAAGCGCGCGCAAGCUUCAGUGGAGAUUCUGAGACCGCUUGCCGAGCACAAGAAGGACACUCCCUUCUUCGCCCCAUUCCUCAGCCCCGACGACAAGUUGACGGUCGAGGAAGUCCGCAGCCUCGAUGCGGAGACUCAGGACCUCGUCCUGCAAGGCACGAAGAUGGUCAAGGCGUUGCUUACUGCACAGUCGCUGAUCAAGACACUUUACGAGUGCUUUACGUCGUCGCCGCGCUCCAACUCGGUUCAGUUGUAUGCUAUCAACGUCUUUGAUUACUAUCUAGACUUGUUGAAGUCACUAGGACCUCUUCUGAAGGCUGUAUUGGCCGAGGAAGGUGCUGAGCACAAUGUGCUUCCUCAACAUUGGUGGGCUAAGCGGCCGGCACCCGGAAGCGAUGUCACGGUUCCCCAAGUGACUGCGGAAGUCGAUACGGAGAAUGGUACCGCGCCAGAGAACAAUGCAUCUGGUACAGCCGCAACCACCGCUCAAACUGCGAGCCCAAGUAGUCUUCAGCACAAGGUGCCUACCAAACAGGAGCAAGCCACGUCCAGGUAUCGCAACUACGAAACCUUGCGCAUUCUUCUUCAUUCCAUGGUGCCGUCGACGUUCCCCUUUUUCCAGCAGCUUGGCAAGGCACUCUUCCCCCGCCGCGAGCGAGACGGCUACUCUCGGCCAAAGCAUGUCGAUCUUGCUAGGCAAGUUGCCGCAACAAUUCUCGAUCAGUUGAGACCCUCUGUCGCCUUGACUGAGCCCACGGCGAAGGAGUAUCAUUACUGGAUUAUCAUGCUCCACACUCUGACGGAGAUGCUGAUGGACACGUCCAGAUCUUCCGCCGACCGAUCUUCGGUUCAGAUCAUUAUGCCAGUGUUGAUCGCCUUCGUAGAGCAGGGCGGCUUCGAGGUUAUCACUUCAAUGGUUCGACGCUUCAAGUCAGAGAUGUGCAAAGAAUCUGGCGAUUCCGACGCGGGCACCACUGCCAGUGCCAGGGUUGCCUCUUUUGGACUCGGCAAGAUUUUCGAGUUCUUUGCUGCACUCGUCAAUGGCAAAAACAUUGCAGACUCUACGACGCAAUUCUCACUUCUUCCUCGAACAUCCGAGAGACGCCCCGAGACGCCAAUUUCCCACCAGAUUGUUGUUGAGGUUCGCAUGGCCGUCCUCCCAGUGAUCCGCGAGACUUGGGAGACCACUUUGAUCGAGAAGCUGCGGCCUGAGGCGGUGGCCAAAAUCAUCGAGAUCCUCAAAAUCAUUUCCACCGCCGAAAAUGAAGGCUCCACCCGGGACAAGCCCGUGUCUGAGGUCCUCAAGAAGACUGCAGUUCCCUUUGGCUGGCAAAACCACACCGGGCUGAUCGACUCCUUGAUCGAGGAUGGCGCCGAUGAAGAACUUGCUCGUGAGGCAGUCUUUAGAGCCAACGGCAAUCAAUCAUGGGCUCUCGAGUACAGCCGCCUUCACAAGGCUGGCAAGGCCGGGCGACGCAAUCCCAUCCCGGCCGAGGAUGCGUAUGCGCCGCCUGCUCGUCCCGAGCCAUCGCGAUCCUCUAGCCAGCAAGAUGCACCAGCCUCUGCAGCUCCCACCGACGCAGACGCUAUGGCUGUCGAUGUCGAACAGGACCUCGCCAGCAGGCCCGGAGCAGUCUUGGACCGUAUCCUUGAUGAUGCAGGGCUGGGUGACCAGGCAGAGCCAGCACCGCCGGCUGAGUGGAGCGCUGCUGAUACCGAAAGCCCUGCAGGGGCCGUCGAAACUCAAGCAAGGUCUAGCACCUCUGCGCCAGCAAACCCCCCUGAGGAGACAAAGACAGAGACCCGGUUGACAGCCAAAGAAGAACUCGACAAUGAGCGGACGAAAUUGCGAGAAAACCUCAUCGACCGAUCCCUGGACAUCGUCAGAGCACACCCACAGUCGGCGAUUGAGCUCUCGGAGCUCAUCAGCGCUAUGGUCUUCCGCCAGCAAAAUGAUGAAGUUCGGGAUGAGGUUGGCGCAACCUUGGCCAACGCCCUUACUUCACUGUCAUUCGACGAUACUGAGUCUAAGUCUAACGGAACUAGCAUCGCUGCCUAUGCUCAUCUAUUGGCUCUUUUGAUGCAAGAAAAGAGCUUCUUCAAGUGCAACAUUGAUACGUUGAGAGAGAAGGUCGACGAGUACGUGUCGUUCCUUAACCUCAAGGUUCUGCCUACUUCAAACGAAGAACUGCCUCCUUGGAUCCCAUACAUUCUCUUGAUCGUCGAGUUGCUCUUGUCAUACGAUGAGCAGCCGAUUGAGGCCCAAUGGAAACCGCCUGCCACUGAAAAUGAGGCUGUUACGCCAGCGGUCCUUCCUCCCCGCAACCCAAUUGUCUCGGACAGUCAGCGCAAUGACUUGCUGGAGGCUAUACUUCGUCUGCUUCCUGUUCUUGGAAAGGAGGAGACACUUGCCACCUCCGUCCUUCGCGUGAUUGUUAUUCUCACGCGCAAGCCCUCUAUCGCGCAGAAGGUUGGAGAAAAGAAGAAUCUCCAGCGCUUGUUUGUUAUGGCCAAGCAACUUGCAGGGGCAGGUGCCGCUCGUUUGAAAGAGACGAAGACCACUGGCAGCAUCAUGUCUAUCUUGAGACACAUUGUCGAGGAUGAAGAGACGCUCAAGCAAAUCAUGCGUGCUGAGGUGCGCAGCCUCUUCGAAAACCCCCAGCGUACUCAGAGAAAUCUGGAUCUCAGCACCUACUUGCGCAACAUGGCACCGCUCGCGCUGCGGUCUCCAGAUCUUUUCGUGGAAGUUACCAAUGAGUUGACCAAGCUUUCUCGUUAUGUUCCGGGAAGCGAGGGCAGUACGCGGGCCCAUCAGUUAGCACUCAAGGACGUUGAGACGGAGGGCAACACCGCUACGACAGUCAAGGAUGCGAGCGUGGAACCUGCUGUACAGGCUACGGAAGACUUGUCUAUCCAUGAUGUCAAGCAGUCAACCGAGAUGGACGACAAGGAGAUGGCUGAUGCACCGAAGCCAGCGGAAUCAAAGCGUCCGGUUGUCGAAAAUCCCCACGGCAUCAUCCAUUUCCUCCUCUGUGAGCUACUCAACUAUCGCGAGGUUGACGACAAGGAGGCAUCACAACCUGUGAAGGAUCUGAAGGCCACUCCAUCUGCUAGCACUUCAACCCCGGAGAGCGCAUCUAAAGACGUCGCUACUGACAGCCAAGACGUUGCGGACAACAAGGACAAGGACAAGAAAUCCUCCAAGCCCGUUUUCAAGGCGGAGGAUCAUCCUAUCUUCAUCUACCGCUGUUUCCUGCUCAACUGCAUUGCGGAACUUCUCCAAAGCUACAAUCAAACAAAGGUCGAGUUCAUCAACUUCAAACGAAGCGCUCCCUUGCAGACGAACACGCCUGUCAAGCCUCGGUCAAGUGUCCUCAACUACCUCAUUCACGACCUCCUUUGUCAAGGCAGCCUCAGCGACAGCGGCGAUAGCAUCCUGUCCAAGAAGAAAGCAGCAACAUCUGCCCAGGCCCAACAAGUACUGGUUGCAUUGGUAGCCAAAACUGGAGAAAAGGGCGUCGACAAGAACCGCGACCGUUUCGAGUAUGAUGAUGAGCCUGAUUUGCUCUUUGUCCGCAAAUUCGUUCUAGACACAAUCCUCAAGGCUUAUGAGCGUGCCGCUACCCCAGAGGAGCCCAUUGACACGCGUUACGCCAAGAUGCAGUGUCUCGCUGAAUUGAUGAACCACAUCAUCGGUGAGAAGGACAAGGAGUCGACGUCUCAACGUGCGCUGGACUCUCCUCAGGGACGAUCGCAAGCCCAGUUGCGCAGGAUGAUGUAUGAGAAGGGCUACCUCGACAAGCUGACCUCUUCCAUUGCCGAGGUUGACUUGGGCCACGCGGGCGUCAAGCGUGCCAUUAAGUAUGUACUCAGAGUGCUGCGCGUGUUGACAGACACUGCCAAGGAACUGAGCCGCUCCCACGUCCUUCCGUCGGCAUCUCUUCCUGAGACCGCGGACGAUGAGAUUAUCUCUAUAUCUUCAAUGUCCGACAUGGAUGACGAUAGAGAGGAAACGCCAGACCUCUACCGCAACUCCGCUUUGGGCAUGCUUGAGCCUCGUGGAAGCGACGACGAGUCGGAAGAUGAAGACGAGGACGAUGAUGAAGAGAUGUACGACGACGAGUACGGCGACGAGCUCGACUACGGCGACGAAGACGUGUCCGACGACGGUGAAGGUGUUAGCGACGAAGACGAAGAGCUUGGCGAGAUGGGUGAGAUUGAGGGUCUUCGCGGAGAACCUGGUGUCGUCGAGGUCAUUAUGGACGAAGACGAUGACAUGGAUGAAGAUGACGAUGAGAUGAGCGAAGACGAUGAAAUGGACUCUGACGAUAUGGAGGACAUGGAAGAUCAUCUUGACGUUGUUGAAGAGAUUGUUGACGAAGACGGCAACCCCAUUGAUGACGACGGCGCUUCGGGAUGGGAGAGCGAAGAAACAGACGAGGAAGAGGACGAUGAAGAUGACGACGAAGAUGUCGAUUACGAAGCCGAGAUCCAGGAUGCUGACGAGGCCCAUAUGCACGGCAUGGAACCUGGAGAUAUCAUCGACAAUCUUGCUCGAGCCGUUAUGGAUCCUGAGGAUUACGAAGGCGACGACAUGGAUGAUCUUGGCGAUCACUACAUUGACGACGGGCGCGAUGACGAUGAUGACGAAGACGACGACGAGGACAUGGACGAAGAUGACCUCAUCUACGAAGAAGAAUACCCCCACGACCAUCCACCUCCUAAUCUACCCGCAGCUCUCGGCUGGGAUACCUUGGUUGUUGAGCCUUUUGGUGGUCACCCUCAUCACGUUCAUCGCCACCGUCAUGGACACCGAAGCCCAUUCCCGCCUGGCUUCAUGGUUGGCAGCGGCCGGGAUCCACUCGGAGAGUUCAGGAGCUAUUUCUCGCCGCGGCACAGGCCCAGCGCUGUGCCCAACAAUGUUGACGAUGGUGUGAACCCUCUGUUGCGCCGCAACGGUCAAGGUCGAGAGUCGUCCCCUCGACCCCCGCCCGGUUCUGGCAUGAUUGGGCUGCGUCUGCCUCCCGAGAUUUUCGGCCCUGGGGCGCAAUUGUCGAACAGUCCUAUCGCGAUUCUUAACGACCUCGUCGCAUCCCUGCCAGUCAUGCGCGGACAGCCUGCUGUUCAUCUAUCCAUCACGCAGAACGGACGUGGAGAGGUCCGUGAGUACCACGUCGCUCCUCGCGAGUCUAGAGCAGACAGCCGCCGUGAAACGACGUAUCACGAGCCUCAGCAGGCUGUUGCGUUCACCCCGGAGUCAACGUUUGAACGGUAUCAAGAAGAAGCCAGAAUGGUGUUUGGCGGUGCUCACUUCGUGGAGAAGGCUCAGAAGCUCAUCAAUCUCCUCCUUUCCAAGCUUGUUCCGCCGGCCAUGGAACUCGAGAAGAAGCUCAAGGCUGAGGAGGAGGAGCGACGCAAGAUCCGGGAAGAGGAGCGCAAGAAGUUUGAGGAAGAGGCACGACGGCUCAAGGAAGCCAAGGAAGCCGAAGAGAAGGCGGCUCGCGAGAAGAAGGAGGCAGAAGAGCGUGAGGAACAAGAACGUGCUGCCGCCGAAGCUGCCGCUGCCGCUGCCGCCGCUGGUGAACGCGACUCGGCGUCUGCUCAGCAAGCGCAGCAAUCAGCAGGUGAUCCACAUGCUAUGGAAGGUGUUGAAACCCAGGAGCCAGCUGUGCCCUCUGCCGACGACGCGGCUGCCGAUGCCAAUCGUGUUCUCACAACCAUAAGGGGUGAGGAAGUCGAUGUGACGGAGCUUGGCAUUGAUCCCGAGUACCUGGCUGCUCUUCCAGAGGAGUUCAGAGAGGAGGUCAUCGCUCAAACCGUCAGCACCCGGCGCUCUCAGGCUCGCGAAGAUCAUGCCGCUGGCGAGCAAGGCGAGGUCUUCCAAGAAUUCCUCGAUGCCCUCCCUGAGGAUCUCCGCCUCGAAAUAGUUCAACAAGAGCGACAAGAGGCCCGCCGGCGCGAGCGAGACGAACAGCGCCGCCAGGCAACGACCGCAGGACAAGACCAGAUCGCAGUGGAUAUGGACCCGGCUAGUAUCUUGUUGACUUUCCCUCCAGAACUGCGUCAGCAGGUGCUCAUGGACCAAGGAGAGGACAUCAUGGACCACUUGCCUCCUGAAAUGGCUGCUCAAGCGCGCCUACUGGCUCAACAGCAUGCCGUUCAUCCCGCCGUCACGGGCAGAAGCCCGCCUAUAGCUGCACGACGUACCGGUCCGCCGCAACCUGACUCUGUGGAGAACAACGAGAAUAAGGUUCAGCGCAGGACAGUAGUCCAGAUGCUCGACAAGCCUGGAGUUGCCACUCUUCUGCGUCUGAUGUUCAUUUCGCAGAUCGGCUCCAUCCGCAACUAUCUCUUCAGCGUCCUGGCUGAUGUUUGUGAAAACCGUCAAAACCGCCUCGAGGUCAUCAGCACCAUUUUGUUGAUUCUCCAAGAAGGCAGCACAGACAUGGAUGCCGUGGAGCGUAGCUUCAGCCAGCUCUCUCUCAAGGCCAAGAAGCCCAAGGACAAGGAUACGGACCCGAGGACGCCUCAGAAUCUUAAGCGGACUCUGACAUCGCUCAUUCCCGCGGGACAACAUCAGCCCAACUCAGAAAUCUCCCCUCUCAUGGUUGUUCACCAGUGCUUGGACCUUUUGCAGGAUCUGUCAGCGAAGAACCCGCACAUUCCUAUGCUGUUUCUUACGGAGCAUGAGGCGGUUGGGUCGUCUCUCAAGCGCACGCUCAGCCGGAAAGGCAAGACCAAGGACUCUAAGUCUCACAAGUACGCUAUCAACUCACUUCUCACUCUCCUCGACAGAGAUUUGGUCAUGGAGAGCUCAGUAGUCAUGGCGUACUUGGCCGAUUUGUUGAAUAAGAUCACUGUGCCCCUGGCAACCAUGGAGCGCAGGCGCAAGGAUGCGCAAGAGAGAGCCGCCCGAGACGCGAAAAAGAAGGCCGCGGAGAACGCAGCAGAGGCUGGCGAAGCAUCCACAGAGCACCCGUCAGCUGAGACGGCCACAGAGCCCCCUACCGCUGUCGACAGCAAAGAACCCAAGGCUGCUGGGGAGGCAGAGAGCACGAAGAGCAACGACAAGUCGGAUGCAAGCCAAAAGGGGCCGAAGCAGAUGCAAGUCCCGAUCAUUCCGCCGCACAACCUGACGCUGGUUGUCAAGAUCUUCGUGGCUCGUGAGUGCAGCUCCAAGACUUUCCAAAACACCAUCUCAGCCAUCAAGAACUUGUCUGCCAUUCCUGGAGCCAAGGCCACCUUCGGACAAGAGUUGGUCCGCCAAGCUCGUCUUCUUAGCGAGAAUAUCGUCGCGGAUCUUGAUGAACUCCUUCCUCAUAUUGAGAAGGCAACCUCAGGAACCGAGAUCCAAGGAGUCGCUCUUGCCAAAUUCUCUCCUGGAGCAUCUGAGCAGAACAAGCUCCUUCGUGUUCUGACUGCCCUGGACCAUCUCUUUGAUAGCAAGAAGAAGACUGGCAAUGAGGAGGCUGAGGCAAGCAAGACGGAGAAGCAGGACCUCGUUACCUCCCUGUAUCACAAUUCUACUUUCUCCACCAUGUGGGAAAAGCUCAGCGCUUGUCUCAGUGCCAUCCGCCAGAGGGAGAACAUGGUCAAUGUUGCCACGAUUCUGCUGCCUCUUAUCGAGUCACUCAUGGUGGUGUGUAAGAACACCGCCAUGAACGACGAUCCUCAGGCGCAGACUCAAUCAAGUAAGGAGAUGCUGCUCUCCAGUCCUCCCCCAGAGAACCGCAUGGCUGGUCUCUUCUUCACCUUCACAGAGGACCAUCGCCGUAUCCUCAACGAGCUCGUGCGAAAUAGCCCCAAGCUCAUGUCGGGAACCUUUGCGCUCCUCGUCAAGAAUCCAAAGGUAUUGGAGUUCGACAACAAGCGGAACUACUUCAACCGCAGCGUCCAUAGCCGGUCCAACAGCAACCAGCGGCCGUCAUUCCCCGCGCUCCAGCUUUCCGUCCGUCGCGAACAUGUCUUCCACGACUCGUUCAAGUCGCUUUACUUCAAGACUGGCGAUGAGAUGAAGUACGGCAAACUCAACAUUCGCUUCCACAAUGAAGAAGGUGUUGACGCUGGAGGUGUGACACGCGAAUGGUUCCAGGUCCUGUCCAGACAGAUGUUCGACGCCAACUACGCACUCUUCACCCCCGUCUCCUCCGACCGCACCACAUUCCACCCCAACUCUCUCAGCGGAAUCAACGAUGAGCAUCUCAUGUUCUUCAAGUUUAUCGGACGCAUCAUCGGCAAAGCUCUCUACGAGGGCCGAGUUCUUGACUGUUACUUCAGCCGUGCAGUCUACAAGCGCAUCCUAGGCAAGUCUGUGUCUGUCAAGGAUAUGGAGUCGUUUGACCCAGACUACUACAAGUCGCUCGUAUGGAUGCUUGACAAUGACAUCACCGACAUCAUCACCGAGACCUUUUCUGUUGAAGACGACGAGUUUGGCGUGACUCGCACAAUAGACUUGUGCCACAACGGCCGAGACAUUGCCGUCACCGAGGAGAACAAGCACGACUACGUAAGACUGGUAGUGGAGCACAAGCUUCUCUCUUCGGUCCGGGAACAGAUGGAGCACUUCCUCAAGGGUUUCCACGACAUCAUUCCGGCCGACCUCAUUUCUAUCUUCAACGAACAGGAGCUCGAACUGCUCAUCUCGGGCUUGCCUGACAUCGACGUCGAUGAUUGGAAGAGCAACACGGAGUACCACAACUACACCCCAUCUUCUCAGCAAAUUCAGUGGUUUUGGCGAGCGAUUCGGUCAUUUGACAAGGAAGAGCGGGCUAAGCUGUUGCAAUUCGUCACCGGCACCAGUAAGGUGCCUCUCAAUGGAUUCAAGGAAUUGGAGGGCAUGAAUGGGAUUAACCGUUUCAAUAUCCAUCGGGACUACGGCAAUAAGGAGCGCCUUCCCAGCUCUCACACAUGCUUCAACCAACUUGAUCUCCCUGAGUACGAGAGCUACGAGACGCUUCGCGCACAAGUCAUGAAGGCCAUCACGGCGGGAAGCGACUACUUCGGCUUUGCAUAA